UGGUGCAGUGAAAGUGUUUUUUUUUUCUUUUCUCUCAAUGUGUGAUGGAGUCUGGUUUUCAUGCUGUUAUUCUGUUUUCCUCCCUUGCAGUAUAUUCCUCUCACUCUGGCUUCACAGACUGGGAAGAUGUUGUGGUGGUUAAGGAGGGCAUGCCUGCCACCUUGGGCUGCACUGAUACAACAGUGAGGGGUGCUGUGGCCAUUAACUGGAUGGCGAAGUCACUUGGUGCGGAUGAAUGGAAACUGGUUCUCUCAGCCAGCGAGAUGGGAGAGUUCUCUGGUGGUGCCUCAAAGCCAUCCAUGCGAUUGACUGACCCUAACUUUCGAGACACCGGGGUUUUCACUCUGUUCUUUCUUCCCAGAAGAGAGGAUGGCGGCCUUUACUCAUGCUUGAUAAAGCAACAAGAGAGGAAACUGCGGGAGAGGAUUAUCCUCUUGGCUAUCCUUACAGUCACUGUUUUCCCCGCUGCACCUAUUCCUCAGCGUAGCACCCUGCGGCUUAUUGCCAGUGUUAAUCCCAUUGACGCCGCCACCAAGAUUACCUGGGCAGCACCUGGCAGCAUUUCCAUUAAGAGCGAGAAAAUACUAAAUACAGGCACAGUGGCCAAACUGCCACAGGUCCUGUACAGUGACCACGGGCCCUAUAUCUGCAUGGUUCACCCGUCGGGUAACAGCAGCAACAUGCUUUUCGCCUUCAACGUGGACGUGAUUGUUGACGCUGACAAUGUGGCCUCAUUCACCGAUAUAACACAUGAGAGAGAGAUCUCCACCGCCACUCAAGCUCAGACACCCCACCCCGUGAUCUGUCCUAAUAUCCCGGGGGACUACGUCCAGCUGUACUGGCAACCUCCAGACGGCAAGCACAGGGAGAUGAGACAUGUGUUUGAGUACGACCGUUGGAGGGGUUCCACGUUGUCGACUGAGCACAGCAAGAAACUCAAGCUUGCCGGCCCACCCUACAACGCAGAGACUGGGAGCUUCUCCUUUCUGCUCACCCCCGGGUUGAGAGAUGGCGGCCUCUACAUCUGUAACGUGAUUCUCAAUGACAACUGCAUCUCCCAGAGCACUCGAAUCAGCGUGCUGAAAGUUAAAACCAGCCGUCCCUCCUCAAAGCUGGAAUUGGAGUGCUUGUACUCAGAGACGUCCCAGGUCCAAAGUGUGUCUUGGAAACACCAGAAUAAAAGCCAGAAGCUGAGGAUGUCCACCAAAGGCCCUGGCCACAUCGUGACCGUUCUGCCCUUACCCAUCACCUCUGACACAGCUGGGAACUACACCUGCACCCUGCAGCUGAAAAAUGGGCAGACCGUCCGGGGUAUGCAAGUUGUCACACUGCCCCAAACAGUUGUGAUAGAUGAAAGAGAGCCCACCCCCUCCCUGCUCCCUUCUCUCUCUGCUUUAUUACUCCUGGUGCCCCUGGUUGCUGCGGCUGUCGGUGUGUUGCUAUGGAGACAGAAACACAUUUCUGAUCGCGGUAUUGAGCAGUCUCUGUCUGUCCACCCGAGUGAUGCUGAGAACAUCUAUGAGAAUCCUGAGGAUAUGAGACAGACUCCUCCCCAGGGCUCAGUGUACAUGGAUUUGAAGCCAAGAGGAGAGGAUGAUGUCUAUAAGGAACUGGAGCGAUACUAACAGUGUCAGAGCUGAUCACCUACCCACAUCUCAUCCUCAUCCAGCUGUCACAUCCGUUCAGUUCCCAGCUGCAGCAGAAGGCCUUUAUAAACAAAAGUAACAACUGAAUGUCAGAGUUGGGAUUUGAAGAAAAACUUCAAUGCUUCAGGGAAAUGCAACUCAAUUGUUUGAAUGUUUUUUUGUAUUCUAAGCUAUUGCUCUUUAGAAGUACUUUAUUACUGAUUUGCUUUGAUGGCUGCACAUAGAGCAAGAGGGGAAAGAUUUCCACAUAAAAAUCUAAAAUGUUUACUAAAUGUGUGGAAGUUAAAGCAACUACAAGGUGCUUUCAUCGUGUGUUGACUUUGGUGGUCCCUGAGGAGAAAAAGCGGUAGUGUUUCCAUUAGCACCGCCACCUUGUGUUGUGAAGUUCUUGAUCUUGAUAUGCAUGCACAUGUUGCGGAAGCAAGAGAAAGAAAGGUACAACUUGUUUUUGUUGUUGUUAAUG